AUGCAGUGCCUCCGAGAUCAGGAUGCUCUCAUCCCUCGACCUCGUGGGGAUUUGCCGAGGGUGUGUGCUGCGACGCUGGCUGCCCUGACAAUAGGAGGCAUAUGGGUUUCAUCUCCUGAAAGGUUAUUUGGCUGGGUUGCCAUGGUAUUACUCAUCCUGACCCUUGGCCCUGUGCUGCAUGGAGUGUGUCUGCUGGCAGAGGAAAUGCUGCACCAUACAAACACUAGGUUCGAGGGCAGAGCGCUGGUGAGCCAGGUGCUGCCAGCCUGUGGUUUGGGGGGGGAGGACCCUGCUGGCUGCGGGCUGGCAAUAGUUCUGCUCCACCUGGCUGGAGAUCCUCUCUCGCACCAAGGCCAAAGCUGGAAACUCCUCUUCUUAACCCUUGGUCUCUACCCGCUGUUUAAAAGCCUGGGAGUCCUGGGUCCUUCGGAUGUGGAGGUGUCAGACAUCUGCGAGGGGAGGAAGAUGAAUGUAGCACAUGGCCUGGCCUGGUCCUUCUACCUGGGCUACCUGAAACUGGUGCUGCCGAGAUUAGAGGACUCCAUCGCAGCAUUUCGGGCCACGCACCAGGCCAGCGCUCAAUCCUGGGGUCGCGGCUCCAAGAAGCUCCUCAUCCUCAUACCAGUAAACGCCAACAUCUCUCACAAGCUGGGAGACGAGGACAACAACAUCCAUUUCUACGACAACCUCCCUAACAACGAAAUAGACAGGGCGGGGGUGCGGGGACGGGUCUACAAGCACAGCGUCUACAGAGUAGUGGAUGAGGAUGGGAAGGCAUAUGAUUGUGUGGUGGAAUAUGCAACCCCACUGCUGACCCUCUACAACAUGUCUCAGGAGAGCAGCGCUGGUUUCGGGGAGUCCGAGCGCAGGCAGCAGGUCCUGCUCUUCUACAGGACUCUGCAGGACAUACUGGAGCAGUCGCUGGAGUGCCGCAACCGCUACAAACUCAUCCUGCUCAAUGAUGAGCAUGUGGAUGACCCUCACUUCCUGUCCAAGGCUAUCGUCAGACACUUGGAGCAGCAGGAGAAAGAGGAGUUCUGCCUCACUCCACCACCUCACCAGGAGAUGGAGCACCCGUGUGCCACUGCUUCAAAAGUGCUGCUGAACGGCCAGCCCGUAAUAGACGAGUGGCACCACCAGGAGCCAAUGAGCAGGGAGCCCACGCUCAUGAUCAGUCUGGAAAAACCUCAGCCUCUCAGGGAACCUGUCGAGGUCACCUACCAUUCUCAGGGAAAAUGACAACCUUAAAUGCACCACAGCGUUGGGGGAAAAAAACAUGAGUACACACACAUCAUCAAUGACCGUAUUUAUGUCCGGUUAUACUA